GGCGUGUGUGCGCGCUAUUCAUAGUGUGAGAACCUCAGAGGUCUAUUAGAAGUCAUUGAGUCCUCCCUCAUAGAAACUAUUGCACGUCAGGAUAGACUCCCUACUGCUCAUUUAUUACACAUUGUUGACCUCUCAGUGAACAACUGCCAUGCAGGCUCAGGAAGUCCUGAGACAGCUGCGGCUUCCAGAGCUGGAUGACGUCCGCCAGUAUAUACGGGGUCUUCCAAGCAACACACUACUGGGCAUGGGUGUCGUCGCCGCCAUUACCACAUACUGGCUGUCCACCCGGCCGAAAGCCCUCAAACCCCCAUGUGACCUCAACAUGCAGUCUUUGGAAAUGGCAGGUGGAGAAGGUGCAAGGAGGUCAGUGCUCAACAGCAGCGACGUGCACAUGACGCACUACUACAGUGACGCAAGGACAAUGUAUGAGGUGUUCCUUCGAGGGCUCAAAAUGUCAAAUAACGGACCUUGUUUAGGAUCGAGAAAACCAAACCAGCCUUUCGAGUGGCUUUCUUACAGAGAGGUUGCAGACCGGGCCGAGUAUGUGGGCUCUGCCUUGCUUCACAGAGGUCACUCUCAGUCAGGGGACAAGUAUAUUGGCAUCUUCGCCCAGAACAGACCAGAGUGGACCAUUUCCGAGUUGGCGUGUCACACGUAUUCCCUUGUAACUGUUCCACUGUAUGACACACUUGGGGCAGAAGCUAUCGGCUUCAUUAUCGACAAAGCUUCCAUCAGCACUGUGAUUUGUGACGUGGCUGAAAAAGCUCGAAUGAUUCUCGACUGUUUCAACGAAAAAGGGCGAACAGUGAAGACGAUUGUGGUGAUGGAACCGUUUGAUGCCGAUCUGGUGACUCGAGGACAAACGUACGCAGUUGAGGUUAUGAGCCUCAAGGACUUUGAGGACUUGGGUAAAGCAAACUACUAUGACCCUGUGCCACCGAAACCAGAGGACCUUGCACUUAUCUGCUUUACAUCUGGAACUACAGGAAACCCUAAGGGUGCAAUGAUCACUCAUGGAAAUGUCAUCUCCAACACUGCAGCUUUUCUUAAAAUGACAGAGGUGCACUGCAUGCUGAACCAACGUGACGUGCUCAUAUCCUAUCUUCCCCUAGCUCACAUGCUUGAGAGGGUUGUGCAGGGUGUCAUCCUCAUCCACGGGGCUCGUAUUGGAUUUUUCCAAGGCGACAUUCGGCUCUUGAUGGACGAUUUAAAAGAACUGCAGCCAACAUUCUUCCCUGUGGUCCCGCGUCUCCUCAACCGCAUGUUCGAUAAGAUAUUUAGUCAAGCCAACACGCCGCUGAAGAGAUGGAUGCUCGAUUUGGCUUUUAGGAGGAAGGAGGUGGAGCUAAAUAGUGGUGUAGUCAGAAAGGACAGUAUGUGGGACAAGCUCAUCUUUAAAAAAGUGCAGGCGAGCCUGGGUGGACGCGUGCGGCUGAUGAUUACGGGAGCUGCGCCCGUGUCACCCACAGUUCUGACUUUCCUACGAGUGGCGCUGGGGUGUCAGUUUUAUGAAGGCUAUGGCCAGACUGAAUGCACGGCAGGAUGCUCCAUGUCAAUGCCUGGGGAUUGGACAGCAGGCCAUGUUGGACCUCCUCUGCCUUGUAAUGCAAUCAAACUGGUGGAUGUUGCAGAUAUGGACUACUUGGCAGCUAACAGUGAAGGAGAGGUUUGUGUCCAAGGACCCAAUGUAUUCCUGGGAUAUCUGGGAGAUGCUGAGAAAACGGCUGAGGCGAUUGACAAGGAUGGAUGGCUGCACACGGGGGACAUUGGCAAAUGGCUUCCUAAUGGCACUCUGAAGCUCAUCGACAGGAAGAAGCACAUUUUCAAGCUGGCACAGGGAGAAUACAUCGCCCCGGAGAAAAUAGAAAACAUCUACAGCCGCAGUGACCCGGUGGCCCAGAUAUUCGUGCACGGUGACAGCUUACAGGCGUGUUUGGUGGGGAUAGUGGUGCCCGAUCCUGACUUUUUGACCAUUUGGCUCAAGAGAAGAGGCAUGAAUGGCACCUACUUGGAUUUGUGCAAGAGCAAGGAUGUUAAGAACGCUAUUUUGGAGGACCUCCAGAAGCUGGGCAAACAAAGUGGACUCAAAUCUUUUGAACAGGUGAGAGACAUUGCAUUGCACCCAGAGAUGUUCUCUGUCCAGAAUGGCCUGCUGACGCCAACACUCAAGGCGAAGAGAGUGAAGCUUCUGAGUUACUUUAGAGCACAGAUAGAUGAACUGUAUGCCAACGUUAAGGUCUAAGUUCGUGUGCAGGGCUACAGUUGAAUGGGAACAUAUCUGCAAGUCACAAUCCAGAGAUUUUUCAGUGUUUAAUUUUGAAAAAACUGAAUGGUUUUAAAAGUGAAUCGUUCCUCUUUCGUAAUAUAACACUAAGCUGUCCUGACAUCAUGGGUAAACAUUAGAGGUUUUAUUUAUCCUAGGAUAAAGGUUAUAAUGUACAAUGGGCAAAUACAGUGUAGUAUGACUAUGACAAAUAGUUGUGUCCAAAAAUGCAUUAUGUUUUGGUUUGCUAUUUGAGUUGAUAUUAGUAAUUCAAUUAAUUUAAAUGUUAUUAAUUAAUUAGUCAUUAAUGGGGUAAAUAAUGUUUCUGGUGAAGAAUAUUUCAAUUGUACCUAAUAUUAUGACUACAAAUGAUCAUUCAGAAUAUUGUUUAACUAUAUUUGCAUUCCCCUGUUUCAAUGUGGUGGGUUAUCAGAGGACUCACCGGAAACCGGUUUUCGUUUAGUUUAAUGCUUUGAUUGGAAGCAUUGAACAGUUGUGCUGUUGAUGAAUUCAAAAAUGCUGUCUUUGUCACACUAUUGGGCAUAAAGGUGAACUAUAAUAAUUGGGAUUGUGCAUACAGAUCAAACCAUAUUGUGUUUGCGUAAUAUUGAAAAGCCAAGUGUGCAGUUGUGCGCUUUAUAAAAUGUAACUUUAGCUUGCAAUAAAGUACAUGAGUAAC